AUGGCGUUCCGGUUCAACUGGCCCGAAUUCGAUGCGGGCUUCUAUGACGAAGCGAAAUCACAACUCGAAGCUGCCUUGAACAAAGGCAACAAACCGAAGAACAUUGUGGACCAUAUCACUGUCAAAGAAUUGCACAUGGGCAGCACGCCACCAGAGCUUGAAAUUUUGGAAGUGGGCGAACUGUCGACGGACAAGUUCCGUGGUAUUUUUAAACUCACUUAUGCGGGCGAUGCAUACAUUGUUUUGCAGACCAAAGUGCAGGCAAAUCCGAUGCACGCCAAACAAUCCUCUCAUCUUGCUCGACACACGCGACCGAAAAUACUAGCUGCCGACCGUCCACUCGUUGUACCGAUGCUCCUGCGUAUCAGCGAUCUACGACUGCGCGGUAUCAUUGUCCUCGUAGUGUCGAAAACCAAGGGAAUCACCCUCGUCUUUAAAAACGAUCCGCUGGAAAGCAUCGUCAUCAGCUCAACCUUUGACAGCGUGACGAGCGUACGCAACUUUUUGCAGCGCGAGAUCGAAAAGCAAUUAAGGAACCUGUUUCAGGAGGAUUUGCCAGUCAUGAUACACAACUUGAGUUUACGCCAUAUCCAGAACGAGCGGGAAAAGGAGGAGCUAGCCAAGAGACGUCAACGACCUGCUCCCCUCCGUGCCUCGUUCUCAGAUAUCAUGCCCAUGUAUCGACCGACACCACCUGCCAUUUACACAGAAUACGCCUCCAUCCAGGCAAUGCACCAGUAUUUACAAAACUGCGUGGAUGACUCGGUCUCCGUAGAUAGCAGCAACAGUCCGAUCAUGUCACCAACAGCCAGCACUGUGUGUGGAUCUGUCGUAUCAUCGUCGACGGUGGCCGACAUUUAUGCAGAGGAUGGUGAUGCGCCAUGGUAUGUGGUGGAAGGCCCAGAGAUCCCAUCCCUAUCUGGUUCGGCAGAGCAGCAAAUACCCGUCAUGUUUGACCAGGAGAUCAUUUUACGGCCCACCGAGAACGCAUUGGCAGCAAGGCUGGCCCAACUGACAUGCGCUAGCCGUACAUUUUCACCAUUACCGCCCGUCAUCCAGCACAGUGUGUGUAGGAGUUUUCCCCACAUUGUCAAAACCAAGCCGAUGAAUAGACGCGGUCGCAAAGUCCCCAAGCGGCGAAUUAUCCAUCUUUCGCUGCGUGGUAAUAACGACAAUAACCAGUAA